CUAUGUUCGUUUCCUUCGCUCCUGGUCCGGCUCCAUUUUCAAUUUUCAGUGCAAUUCGAGCGGUGUCAGUGGGUGGGUGUCGUGCGCGAAGCCCCGUGACAUAUACAUACACACACACACAUCACAUCACAUCACAAUCAUAUAUCUAUGUAUGCAUGUUUGUACGUACGUGAAUAGAGUGCGAAAGGGAAGGAACGUUGAUUCGGACAGAGACAGACGGGGUUUAUGUUUUCGUUUUUCACGCCGGGUUCUAUUCCGUUUCCGCUGCGUGGAGUCGCCGCAACCCCCAGGAGUCGCACUCGCAGAAACCCAGAAUUGUUAUCCGGAUGGCUUGAGAGGAGAGAGAGAAGGCAGGUCAAAGGGCACCGGCAUGGGCGCCACCUCAGGGGAUGACGUCUACAGCAUCCCGACGUUGGCGAGGCUGCUGCACGCUCUGCCCCAUCUCAAUGUCACCUUCCACAGGGUCAACUCGUCCUUCGAUCCUAACUCUCCGAUCUACUACGAGAGUUUAGGAAUUCUCGCGUCGGUGCCGGCUGCUUGGUUGAUCCUCACGCUGCUGGUGCUCCUCAUCUACCUGCUGACGCGAUGCUGCGAUCGAAAGCCGCGACCGUCGCGAUCCAUCUCCGCGAUGAAGGUGACGCUGGCCGUCGUCUCGGUGCUCUGCUGCGCAGCGGUCGGGCUCGGCCUUUACGGGAACGACGACCUGCACAACGGGUUCACCCAGCUGCUGCAGGAGGGUAAGCAGGUGGACCAGCAGGUGCAUCGGAUCAAGAAUCAAACUGAGAACAUCGAGCGGCAACUUCGGCAGCAGGCGAACCUGCAGUUGACGCAGCUGCGCGACAUCUUCGACGAACCGAUCUCGAAUUCGACGGCCCUCAAGCAAUGUCUGCAGUGGCUGACCUGGGCUGCGAACAACAACACGGCGGCGGCUGCAGCAGCGGCGGACAUCCGACAACCGCUCAACCACAUCGUGUUUUCAGAGAGCAUCGACAGAGGUGAAUGGUUCGAGCAGAUCCGGUGGCCGUCCACGAUGGCCGUGCUCAGCGUUCUGCUGAUACUGUGCGUGGUGCUGCUGGUCGGCGUGGCCAGGCACAGUCGGUGCGCGCUCAUCGCAUUCUCAGUUUGCGGCCUGCUGGCCGUCAUAGCCUCGUACGUGAUGGCGAGCAUAUAUAUAGCGUCGACCGUUGCCUUGGGCGAUCUCUGCAUGGCACCUGACAAAUUCAUAGAGGACCAGGCUAAGAACGAGCUGACCAAAGAGAUUUUACGUUAUUACACGAGUUGCGAGAGGGCCCGCGCCAACCCGUUCACGCAGCGACUGCGCGAAGCCAAGGGCGCCAUCGAGAACACCAGGUCUUCUUUGACCGCUCUCAGGAAACCAGCUCUCGAUCUCUUCCCCAGGAAGGCGCUCGAGCCCAAGUUCAGUUCGCUCUUGAACCAGGUCAACGAGGGCGAUCUGCUGAUCACCGCGUUGACGGCCAGUGUCGACUGCAGAGCUCUGCACACCCAUUACCUUCGCGGCGCUCGCGCCCUCUGCAACACCGGUCUUCUAGGUCUGUUCCUCAUGCUGGCUUCGGCCAUUCUCGCCGGCCUCCUGCUCACCGUCCUCGUUUGGGUUGACUCGCAUACUUGGAUUUACAUUAGGAAGAAGAAGGACUAUCAUCAAGUGAACGAGACCGAUCCGUAUCUGCCGCCGCCAGCUGCAAGCCAGGCAAUCGCGGCGAGGACUCUCCAACGUAGCCAAGGGUCGUCUUAUCCCCCCGACACUCCUCCACCCAGCUACACAUCUGCAAUGUUGCAUAAUAGAAGCCCAGCUUCCAAUCAUCCCACCAUGCAUGAAGCUCAUUCGCUAAUAGAUGGGUGCGACAUGCGACCGACGGAUCAUCACCAGCAGCAGCAGCAGCAACAGCGAGGCGCCCAUAUGUCUCAUCUCAGAGGCCACACCCUCGGCAGGUUGCCGUCCCACCAUCACGAGCCACUCUCAGGACCCAACAAUGGCAAGUACGCGACUCUGAGCAAACAGUGCAAGACCCUAGAGAGUUCAGAUUUUUACUGAGACAGGGCUGCCUGCAAGGAUUUCCCAAACUUCAAAGGUUUUAAGUUCGAUCAGCAACAGCAGCAGCAACAACAACA